AUGACGUCGGUGAAGAAAGGUUUGCCGCCGGGCCUCGUGUCCAAUCUCCAGGAAGUUCUGAGCAGCAGAAAGGGUGGUGGCGCUGGCGAUGAGCAAUCGAAAGAUGGACCUUCUACUUCUUCUACUCCAGCUGAAAACACUGCGGCAGGGAAUGGAGAUGAUGAUUCCAGACCUAUUGUUUUGGUCACCAAUGGCGAUGGAAUUGAUUCCCCUGGUCUUCUCCUUCUCGUCGAAGCUUUGGUUCGUGAAGGAAGCUACAAUGUCCAUGUCUGCGCCCCGCAAUUGGACAAAUCAGCUUCUGGUCAUUCUAUUACACAAGGGGAAACCAUAGCUGCAACGUCGUGUCAAAUUAGUGGUGCUACUGCAUUUGAAAUUUCAGGGACUCCUGUGGAUUGUGUCUCAUUAGCAUUGUCUGGAGCACUCUUUUCUUGGUCAAAGCCUGUGCUGGUCAUUAGCGGAAUCAACAAGGGAUCAAGCUGUGGUCACCACAUGUUUUACUCAGGUGUUGUUGCUGGAGCUAGGGAAGCAUUAAUAAGUGGUGUCCCAUCUCUAUCAAUCUCGCUUAACUGGAAGAAGGAUGCAAGCCAAGAAAGUGAUUUCAAGGAUGCUGUUGCUGUAUGCUUACCCUUGAUAAAUGCUGCUAUGAGAGAUAUCGAGAAGGGGGCUUUCCCCAAGAGUUGUUCCCUGAACAUACAAAUCCCUACUUCACCAUCUACGAACAAAGGUUUCAAACUUACUAAGCAAAGUAUGUGGCGAUCUACCCUUAACUGGAAUGCCAUUUCUGCAAACCGGCAUCCUGGUGUUGGAUACAUGUCUAAUCAACAAAGCCUUGGCCUACAGCUUGCCCAGCUUAGUCGAGAUGCCUCUGCUGCCGGAGCAGCACGUCGUGUUACCAAACAAAAUACGAAUUUGGAGAUUGAGUCAGUUGGGGCCUCUGGGAAAUCUGAAGUGAACAAAUUGAAAAAGUACUUCAGACUGGAGUUUAUGGAGAAGGAGCAAGAAGACAUAGACGAGGACCUGGACUUCAGGGCCCUUGAAAGCGGAUUCGUUGCAGUAACUCCGUUCUCACUCUCACCACACAUUGAACCGGAAACGCAAACAGCAGCCUCGGAAUGGAUCUCUUCUGCACUUCAAGAGAGCCAGUAA